CAGCUGAUUCCCCCAUAAACAGGAAGGGGAAAUCCUAGCUCAACAAAGUAGUCAUGAAAGACAGCUAACUGAUUUGUGUGUUUGUUUUAUGUAUCAAGAAAAGGCUUCAAACUGAAAAGAUGUUCGGCGGGGACGAUGAGGACGGGGACUUCUUGUCUCCCACGGGAGGGGCCAAGUUGGCCUCCCUGUUUGGACUAGACCAGGAAGCCAGCAGUCAGGGGAACGAGUCGUUCCAGUACACAGCACCGAAACAGCCCAGGAAGAGCUCGAAUGCAGCAUCAGCCCCCCAGAAACCAGCUCCACCAGCCGGAGCUCCUGCAGUGUUAUUUGCCACGGCAGUCCAAACCUUCAGAUAUAUUAACGGACAGUAUGUGAAGCAGGGCAAGCUGGGAGCAGCCGUACUUGGCAACCACACAACAAAAGAGUACAAGCUGCUUCUGUACUUGAGCCAACAGAAACAAGUGGCUGCUGCCAAGAUUCAUGUGGGCUUUGUUUUCACGGUACAGCCAAACAAUUACUGCACUUUUUAUGACGACCAGAGGCAGAACUGGUCCCUGAUGUUUGAAUCAGAGAAGGCUUCAUCGGACUUCUGCAAAGAGGUAUGUUUGGCGAAAGCAAACAGCGCAGCCUCCUUAGACACUGUGGUAGUUCAAGAUCUAAGUCUCGGUGAGGGCCAGGCGGUGGAGAAUGGAGACUCACUGGAGGUGGUGUACACAGGCUGGCUCCUGCAGAACCACGUCAUUGGACAGAUGUUUGACUCGAACCAGAACAAGGACAAGUUGCUACGACUGAAAGUUGGAGCUGGAAAAGUGAUCAAAGGCUGGGAGGAAGGGAUGCUGGGGAUGAAGAAGGCGGGCCAUCGUGUCGUCAUCAUCCCUCCUAACCUAGCUUAUGGAUCCAAGGGAGUCCCCAACCGUGUCCCGUCUAACAGCACUCUUAUUUUUGAAGUAGAGCUUCGACGGGUGAAAUUUUCCAAGGACAGUGGUUCUGACCGGGCCAGUGCCAGCUCCAGAGACUCUGCUGCUCCCUCUCCCUCCCCUGCUCCCUCCCCAGCACCCAGUGUGGAGAAUCUAGCCCCAGAGCCCCCAGUACAGACGACAACCUCAGGUCCAGCUAUACUGGGGGAGCCACCGCUUCGUGCAAAGUCAAACUCACUCAGCGAUCAGCUUGCGAAUCCAGACGCAACAAAGGCUAAGCUGAUCUCUCGCAUGGCAAAGAUGGGACAGCCUAUGUUGCCCUUUCUGACAGGAGCUGCUAGCCAGCCUGAAUCCAGUGACUCUGAGCUGGAGGACACCAGUGGCAACAGAGCGAAGGAUGGACCUGCAGCUGCAUCUCCAGUGCAGCUCUCCACUGCUGCCCCAGCUUCAACACACGUACAUCCUCAUCCCCAAACAGCUCCACCAUCUGCCUUAGUUCCUGUCAUGACCACUGUUGCCCCACAGCCCGGGCUGCCAGGCAGCAGCCAUGCCUUUCAGCCUUACUCCUACACACAGACCUCUGUGGCUCCAUCUCAGCUGCAGCCUGUUGGCCAAGUUUACCCUGCACAAACUGUCCCAUACAUGGGUUCCAGUGAUGUUACUUCCUUCUUGAUGACUGAGGCCAGACAACACAACACAGAGAUCCGGUUAUCUGUUGGAAAAGUAGCAGAUAAAGUUGAACAACUUGCCUCAAAGAUAGAUGACCUUCAAAGGCAGGGAACUCUGUCUGCUGGUGUGUCAAGUAUGUCGAUGGAAACCUCCAUGAUCAUGCACAACAUCCAAAGAAUUGUCCAGGAAAAUGAAUGUUUAAAGAAAGAAGUCUUUGAGAAAAGCUCUCGCAUUGAGGAACAAAACCAUAAGAUCGGUGAGCUCAUCAACCAGAACCAGAGGUACAUGGAGCAGAGUAACCUGCUGCUGGAAAAGAGGAACGACUCCCUCAAGUCAUCCAGUGAACAGAACCAGGCCAGACUGCUGCAGGCUGAGCAGGACAAGCAUGCCCCGACUCAGGACCUGGUCUCCGGCCAGGUUCGUCUGACGGAGGAUCUGGCUUCGGCCACGGCCCGGCUGUCUCAGCUGCAGCUAGAAGCUUCAGCUCACCAGCAAAGGGCCGUGGAGCUGCAGACUAAACUGAGCUCAGCUCUGCAGGACAGUGAGAGCAGGAGCCAGCGCAUCGCUGGCAUGGAAACACAGCAGGGAGAGCUGAAGGAAGAAGUAGAGAGGGUCCAGGCUCAAUAUCGCACAGAGAAGCAAAAACGCAAAGAGAUGGAGCUGAGAGUCAACAACAUGGAGGAGGAAGUGCAAGACCUGAAGACUGAUAAAGAGAGCCUAGAACGAACACUGUCAGAAAGGAAGAAGAAGUGGCAGGCUGAGCGUCAGCGUCGGGAUGAGGAGUUGGAGGAACUCCGGAAAAGCAGCCAGCACGAGCUGGACAACCUCCGAGCUCAACUUCGCAAGGCCAGGACCAGCACUGACAACGCUGCAUCUGAGCAGUUGUCUCAGCUGCAGGCGGAGCUGGAAGAGGAGUGGAAGAGGAAAUGUGAGCAGAUGUUGGCCUCCACUAAAGAGCAUCACAGUCGAGAGCUGGCUGAACUAACGGAGCAGAGAGAAGCUUUGCAGGACAAGUUAACCCAGUUACAGGAAAAGUUCACAGUUCUAAAGCAGUCUAGAGAUUCAGAAGAACAAAGUUUGCUACAGCACCGGGGGCAGACUGAAGAGCUGCAGGCACUUCAGAAAAAAUACGCAGCCUUAGAGCAGCAAGGAGUAGCUGUAAGGGAGAAGCUGGAGAGAAGAGUGGCUGAACUGGAGAAGAAACUGGGUGAGCAAGAGAGUUCAGGAGACACUGCAGCAGAGGUGAAGCGUGUGAUGAAUGGUGUGUUUCACUCUCUGCGAGCGGAGUUUGACCUCAGUGAGUCCUACAGUGGCCAGGCUGUGCUGGAGGUGAUUGUCACUACCAUUAAGAAUGUUACCCUGCAGCUGCUCAGCGGUACAGGCGGAUCUUCCCUGAGACAGAGUAAGAAUGAAGAAGCAGACGCAGAGGAGGAGGAAGAGGGUGAUGAUGUGAAACAAAGAGAGGAGCCACCUCAUCAGAAUGUACAUUUGAAUGGAGAGAGAGAAGUCACAGAAGAAGAAAAGAAAGAGGAAGAACAUGAUGAUAAGUCAGAUUCUUACCCAGUCAGUGAGACCCAGAUUGACCAGGAUGUAGCGGCAGAGAAGGAGGCAGACAAAGUAACUGAGUCAAAGACACAAAGUCAGGAAGACGACUCGGUAUCCACUGAUCCCCAUCCAGUUUCAUCAGCUGAGCUGAAACCGCAAGAGACAGCAGCAGCAGCAGCAGCAGCAGCAGAGUCAGAGCUACAGCACGAGCUGGCAGACAGCUCUGUUCUUAAAACCUCCACAGAGGAAAAAGACACCAAGUCUGCAGAUCCACAUGACGGACCAGGUCAAAGUUCACCACGUGAGGAUGGACAGGAAACUGUUGUGUCAGAAAGGAUUUCUGCAGUGAGCACUGAGAUGGUCAAGGAGAACUUAGAUGAUGGAGGGCGUGUAGGAGGAAUAAAUGCUGCUGCUCAGAAAGCCUUUGGACCCCCAGAAAACCCCCCACCACCGCCCAGUGCACUUCAGAACAGCUCAGAAGAAGCCACAGGUCUGACUGGGGGAAUGGGUGAGGAAAAUGGAGAGGAGCCAUUUUUCCAGAUCACAACUCCUGCCAAACCCCCUGCAGCACCCAGUGAGGAGGAAGAGGAGGAUGAGAUGAGCUUGAAGGGGCGUCCGCCUCCUGCCCCUCUGUUUGGUGAUGAUGAGGAAGAUGAUGAUCUGGACUGGCUGAACUGACAAUAAUAAAAGUCUGCAUCUUCAUUUUCAACAUAUGAGACAGGCACAAGGUGCUUCAGCAGCUCUAUCUGCCUGGUGAAGCAGUCCAGGUGACGAGAGAAGCUGCUGAUGAACUUGAUUGGAAAGAGAGGUCAGACAGCCGGCUCUUCACCUGACAGCUGCUGCCACUGCAGGGCAGAACUUCAAUUCCCAGCUGAUUUUUCUUCAAAUAACAAGCCUGUAAUUCUAAUCAAAACAAAUACUUUUUUGUUGAUUAUGUUAUAUCUAUGGGUGAAGCAAUUUAAAGGGACAUUUCACCCCAAAAUCAAGAGUACACACUUCUCCUCAUACCUGUAGCGUUAUUUAUCCAUCUAGAUUGUUUUGAUGUUUGCUGAGUUGUGAGAAUAUCAUCCAUAGAGAUGACUGCCUUCUCUCCUAUAUAAAAGAACUAUAUGGUACUCAGUUUGUGGUGCUGAAUGUGCCAAAAACUACCUUGAAAAACUCAACGGUAACGUCUCUUUUCAGAAGCCAUGACAUCGUUUCCCAAGAUAAUCCACACACCUUGUUUUGAGCAGUUUGAUGUAGAAACUGUUUUCUUGCCGUAUCAUCGCACAGAAGAAAGGAUAAAUCUACUCAUGGCCAAGAAGCUAGCUAACUGAGCUAACUAAAGUUACAGCACAACUGAGGGGAAUGCUGUUAAUGGUUAUAUCCCAAACCAUCAUGGUGUCCUUCCAUUAGUGUAACGUGGUGAUUUCUGGAAGGAGAUGUUGUUGACUUUUUUAAAUGUAAGACACUUUGAGAACCACAAGCUCAGUAUGUUGGAACUGAUGGAACUAGUUCCAUUAUAGCAGAUAUCUCCAAAACUCAGCAAGUCACACCAAAACAGUCGGCUUGGAUAAAUAGCACAACGUGAAAGAGGAAAAAUGUGUAUUCCUGGUUUUGCUUUGAACUGUCCCUUUGAAUGUACAAUUUUUACAUGGCACUGUAGCAGAUGAGUUUGUUGAAUCAGCAGUAAAUCUGAUACCAGUGGUUUGACUGUACCAUUACAUGGUUUUUAAUGAUUAGCUUGCUGCUUUAAGAGUAGAAUUUUUACACAAUUUGCUAACCUGAAAUUCAUUCCAAGAAAUAAAUGACAUGGAGGCAUAUUGUUAUUUGUGUCA